AAUAAACAAUCCUAGCAAAAUAUGGCUACUGCGAUGGAAGUUUUUAAGGAAAGCGAACGCUCUUCGAGCUCGAAUUCAUCUUCACAAGAAAGCGCUAGCGAGGAUGAAAUUCUAGAGCAAUCGUCUCUUAUUGUACCCUAUUCAAACGAACCGCUUGCUAGUAGCGGCGAUGAGUUUGACGAGAGUACAACAGACGACGAGGAUGGCAUUUCUUCCGAGACGCUCGGGAAAAGAUGGAGCAAGGACGUGCCAGUGAACUCAUGGUGUCAAUGUGGACGGUGCAACGAUCGUCACCUCAGUAGCGCAAGGGAAUAUCGUUGCUGUAAGGAAAUCCUUGAGUGUGCAGGGAAGUAUACGUAUGAGGGUAAGGAUGCUGCGUGCAUUGUGGAACAUUGGGAUUAUUUGCCAAUGGUUCACAGAACUGUGUUAAGUAACGUUGGGCAGUUAUUAACCAGGAAAGAUGGCACUAAAUAUAAAAGAAAGAAAAACCAGAGUGAAAACGAGUGGGUACUUUGUAACUAUUAUAAAGUUCAAUGUUCAUAUUUGUAUAUACUAUAUUUUUUGUCCUUAUUUAUAUGUAUAGUGAAUUGAUCAGAAUCGCUUUAUGACAAGACAAGGCAAGGGAUCAAUAUUUCAAACUCACAUGCAAAACAUGUCAAACUUUGAUUGUGAUUGUGCAAAAGAU